GCAAUCCACUCAGUUGCCUGGCAUCACGAGGGCAAGCAGUUCAUUUGCAGUCACUCAGAUGGGACUCUGACCAUAUGGAACGUCAGAGGCCAGGGCAAACCCAUACAGACAAUCACCCCACACGGAAAACAGCCCAAGGACGGAAAGAAGCCAGAGCCUUGUAAACCCAUUCUCAAAGUGGAGUACAAAACCACUAGAAAUGGGGAACCCUUCAUAAUCCUGUCUGGUGGUCUGUCCUAUGACACUGUGGGCCGGCGGCCUUGUUUGACGGUAAUGCAUGGGAAGAGUACUGCUGUGCUGGAGAUGGACUAUCCUAUAGUAGACUUCCUCACACUGUGUGAGACACCGUACCCUAAUGAUUUUCAGGAACCUUACGCUGUGGUGGUCCUUCUAGAGAAGGAUUUAGUGGUGAUCGACCUUGCACAAAAUGGUUAUCCCAUAUUCGAGAACCCCUAUCCUCUGACUAUCCACGAGUCUCCUGUGACCUGCUGCGAGUACUUUGCCGACUGCCCUGCGGACCUCAUACCUGCACUUUACUCUGUUGGCUCGCGGCAGAAACGACAGGGCUACAGCAAGAAGGUACUACAUAGGAAGGCUCUAUGUUGUACAAAAACAUAUAUUCCUGCCAGCGUUCGCCCCUCUCAGUCCCUCACCGCGCAGCCCCGCUCCUCCCUCUGCGUCUGCACGCAGCCGUCUACUCACAAAGUCUCUAACAAGAUGGAGGAAGACACAGUGCUGUUCAACACUGUUAAAGACCUGGCUAAAAAGAAAACACGGUUCAUUGUUUCCCACACAUACACUUUACUUACGCGGUUUGCCCAG